CUGAUUCUACUGCUGCCUCCCUUUCAGCAUUGCAUCUGUACUGCCACUGUAGCUCAGUUCCACCUAGCAAAGUUUGCAUUUCAUCUUCUCAAUGUAUUGCCAACUGUUACGUGCGGCGCACUUUAUCGGGGGCAAAUAAUUUGAAAGAUGCAUCUCUCCUACUGACUGCAUUGUUGCGUUAGAUAUUCAGCUAGGCUAUAUCAAGCUCUAGUACACCAUUAGUGCAUUUUAAUGAGCAUCUAUCUAGCCUUAUUACUGUUAUGAAAUGCAAAGUGUGCUGGCUGUUCUACGUUCACUUUGAUGAUUUUCUAGUUGAUGAACAAACAGCCAUGAGAAAUUCUCCCAUGGUAACAGGAGGCAUUUGAACUAUGAUUCACUCCAUGUCCUUGUUUUUUUUCUUUGUUACAGAGGUAAAGUAAAGCGCUUGAGUAAACAGCGACUUGAAUCCAAGACGAGUUUUUCAACUCUAGAGGGAGGAAAAUAAGUGAUGGGAAACAGUUAUGUGAAUACUAUACUGUGCGUUACAUGGGUAGUAUGUGUCACUGUGUGCAGUAUGUUCGUGCGCACUACGUAUGUGUGCGUGUACUGUGUGUGAUCCUAUAACAAAUACCUUGUUCUGACUUCUAAGGCCCCCACUACUUUGUUCCCAGACCCAGUAGCCAGGCACUGUGCCUGUUAGUGGAAAAACAGUUGGUCACAGGACCUUGCUGUAGCAUUCUUUAGCACUUCUCCACUGUAUCCGCUACCCAGAAACACAUCCUGCUUCAACUCCUCCUCCACUACGGCUUGUGGCUCAGAGACGCUGUAGAGAAACUCUAGACUUGCUACUACAUUGUACCUCCUUAUCGAGAGAGUACAGCUGAUAAAGAAGAUUGAUGACCAUCAGCUGAGAGCCUUUGACAGUGGCCUUGUUUACUGACGUGCUGCUCCCAUCCGUCUCCAUCCUUCUACCCCGGUCUCCAGUCCUGCACCUUCUACUUUGUUCUUGUCUCCACUCCUUCAUCUUUCUGUCCUCAAUCCCUCCACCCCGGUCUCUGCUUCAACCUUCCACCUUAUUCCUCCCCGAACCAUCAUCAUGGGGGUUGAGAAAGACACUGACACCAUUUUGACUGGCUCCAUGCGUCUGAAGCAGGAAAUCUCCCUGCUCCAUGGGGUCUGCCUCAUUGUGGGAAGCAUGAUCGGCUCGGGCAUCUUCAUCUCCCCCAAAGGGGUUCUACUCUACACAGGCUCCUUCGGCCUGUCUCUGGUGGUGUGGGCCAUCGGCGGGGUCUUCUCUGUGUUCGGGGCCCUGUGCUACGCCGAGCUGGGAACCACCAUCCGCAAGUCUGGGGCCAGCUAUGCCUACAUCCUGGAGUCCUUUGGUGGCUUCCUGGCUUUCAUUAGGCUGUGGUCGUCCAUGAUGAUCGUGGAGCCAGCAGGCCAGGCUGUCAUAGCCCUCACCUUCUCCAACUACCUGGUGCAGCCCUUCUACCCCACGUGCUCAGCCUCCUACGAUGCUGUGAAACUCAUAGCAGCAGCCUUAAUCAGUCUCCUGACGUGUGUGAACUGUAUGAAGGUGAAGUGGGGGGCCAUUCUCCAGGUGGUCUCUACAGUAGCCAAGGUCUUGGCCCUCAUUGUCAUCAUCAUUUCUGGGAUGAUCAAGCUGGGACAAGGCCAGACUCAGAACUUUGAGAAUUUGUUUAAGGGUUCUAAAGUGAACCCUGGGGACAUGGCCCUGGCUCUGUACGCUGCGCUCUACUCCUACUCGGGCUGGGACGCACUCAACUUCAUCACUGAGGAGAUCAAGAACCCGAAGAGGAACCUCCCGUUGGCCAUAGGGAUCUCCAUGCCCAUCGUCACAGUGAUCUACAUUCUGACUAAUAUAGCUUACUACACCGUUAUGGAUGCUGGCACCGUGCUGGCCAGUGAGGCUGUGGCUAUGACUUUUUCGGAUUUGGUCCUGGGCUGGGCUCGGUGGCUGAUCCCCUUGUCAGUGGCCAUCUCUUGUUACGGAGGACUCAACUCCUCCAUCAUUGCUAUCUCCAGACUGUUCUUUGUUGGCUCCAGGGAGGGCCAUUUACCCAACGUCCUCUGCAUGAUCCAUGUCGAGCGCUACACCCCCAUCCCAGCACUGCUCUUCAAUGGUGGCAUGUCUCUGAUUUACCUGUGUGUGAAGGACGUGUUCCAGCUCAUCAACUACUUCAGCUUCAACUACUGGCUGUUCAUCGGCCUCUCCAUCGCCAGCCAGAUAUACCUCCGGUUCAAGGCUCCCAACAUGCCCCGGCCCGUCAAGCUCUCUCUGUUCUUCCCUAUAGUGUACUGCCUAUGCAGUGUGUUCCUAGUGGUAGUACCUCUCUACAGUGAUACCAUCAACUCUCUGGUUGGUAUCGGGGUGGCUUUGUCUGGAGCUCCAGUGUACUACAUCUGUAUCCACCUGCCCCCCUCCUCCAGACCUGCCUUCCUGGGCAGGAUGCUCGAUGCGAUCUCCCUAAAUACCCAGAAGCUGUGUAUGUGCUGUGUGGCCUCACCUGACCUAGACCUGGACAACAUCCCUGACGAAAAGCUGGAGUAAGGGAUGAAAGGAGGUGUGGUGGGAUGGAGGUAGAUACUGAGCCAAAGGUGGAAACAGACGGACCACAAUCACAGCUACACCUUCUGCGCCAAUGAUGAACAUUUCUUUUAAAUUUUUUACCGGGACUUUACUAUUAAUAAUUUGUGACUUGCUUGUCCUAUGGGACUGUACAGUGUGUGUGUGUUCAGUGCUGAGGAAAGCCACUUUCUAGUGCUGGUGGACUCUGACAACCACAUUCAUGCAGCACAAUGUAGUUCACUCCAACUGGUUAUACCUAUGGAGACGAUCAACAAUGAGAGUUUAACUAUUUAACAACGCAAGAAAUUCAAAUGGAGAUUUGAACAGGCCCUACUGACAAUUUAGAAGGAGUAGGUUUUCAUCAGCAGGCCCUACUGGCCAUUUAGGAGGAGUAGGUUUUCAUCAGCAGGCCCUACUGACCAUUUAGGAGGAGUAGGUUUUCAUCAGCAGGCCCUACAGGCCAUUUAGGAGGAGUAGGUUUUCAUCAGCAGGCCCUACUGACCAUUUAGGAGGAGUAGGUUUUCAUCAGCAGGCCCUACUGACCAUUUAGGAGGAGUAGGUUUUCAUCAGCAGGCCCUACUGACCAUUUAGGAGGAGUAGGUUUUCAUCAGCAGGCCCUACUGACCAUUUAGGAGGAGUAGGUUUUCAUCAGCAGGCCCUACUGACCAUUUAGGAGGAGUAGGUUUUCAUCAGCAGGCCCUACUGACCAUUUAGGAGGAGUAGGUUUUCAUCAGCAGGCCCUACUGACCAUUUAGGAGGAGUAGGUUUUCAUCAGCAGGCCCUACUGACCAUUUAGGAGGAGUAGGUUUUCAUCAGCAGGCCCUACUGACCAUUUAGGAGGAGUAGGUUUUCAUCAGCAGGCCCUACUGACCAUUUAGGAGGAGUAGGUUUUCAUCAGCAGGCCCUACUGACCAUUUAGGAGGAGUAGGUUUUCAUCAGCAGGCCCUACUGGCCAUUUAGGAGGAGUAGGUUUUCAUCAACAGGCCCUACUGAAUAAAGCUAGUGGAGAUUUUUUUUAUAUUAAAUUAGUUAUUUGUUUUGAAAGUUGGAAGCAUUAGUCAAAGAUGCCCAUUCUGGCCCUACUUUACUUGCACUAGGCCAGGUGUGGUGUGUGUGCACAAACAAACUGACUGUCUUUGAUUGUUUACUGGUCACUGAAGAUUCCUCCAACAUAGUGGCUGUCAAGUGACUGACACAUGUACUGUAUGGAAACUGCCAUGGGUUGAGCCGUUAUGGCAUCAAAGUAAUGUUUAUUGGUGAAUCUGACAGACGGUGAAUUUUUAUUUUAUUUUACCUUUAUGUAACUAGGCAAGUCAGUUAAGAACAAAUUCUUAUUUUCAAUGACGGCCUAGGAACAGUGGGUUAACUGCCUUGUUCAGGGGCAGAACGACAGAUUUUUACCUUGUCAGCUCGGGGAUUCGAUCUUGCAACCUUUCGGUUACUAGUCCAACGCUCUAACCUCUAGGCUACCUGCCGCCCCGGAAGAACAAAGUGGUCCAUAUUCUGUGACCACUUUAAUGUCCUUUUUUUGUCUUCUUUAUUUCUCUCUACCAAACCAAGCUCAGAUAUUGUCUCUGACGCUUGCUCGUUCUCAUAAGAAUAGAUUGCCGUUGCUGGUUGUUGCAUUUUCUGUUUACUGUGUUAUUUCUCACCAUUUAAUCUGUCAGAUGAUAGUAAUUUAGUUACUGUUGCCGAUAGCAUCCAUGUGAGGCCUAAAUUGGGCUAUCAUUCUAUUGGCCUUGCACACCAUGGCACACACAGGAUAUGUUACUGACAUUGUUACAGCUCUUACCAUGGUUGCCCUAUUGAUGUCCAGAAAGGAACAUGUAGGCCUGUAGGUUGACAUUGACUUUUAGCCUAUGCCCUUAUUACACCAAGAUGGCUCUCUAAGACAGCGUUGAAAUCACCAGCAGUGACACGUUAAUAACACUUACUGAAUUUUGUGCUUGAUAUUAAGAUGUCACAUUUACUGACAUUUAAUUUCAAACCAUAAGCCUAUCUGAAGAAUCAAAAGGACAGUUGCUGACGUAGACAUGUGGAAAAUGUAGAAAGGAUAUGUUUCCAAUAAUAUACAGAGGACUGGUCUCAAUGUUUUUCGUUUUUCUUUUUUGUAUAAAAAAUAUACCCAUUUUCUGAUAUACCCAUUAGAUGGCGAUCCUGUUCAUGACAUCUCUGCCAUUGACGUGCCGUGGUGUCAUGCAUGUCUUGCUCUCUAUUGUUCUUUUGUUAUAGACCUAGAAAUCCUACAACAUGAAUUUGGUAGGAUUCAAUGCCAUAAAUAUGCACAUUCAUGCAAUUUGGAUGAACAUAUGAUGCAGCUUGCAGGAUUAGAGGAAUGCAACAUCUCCUUUACAAUGCAAUUCAUUGAGAAGCCAGAUCAAAUAUUACAGCUACUGGCUGAGCCAUAUUUGAUUUCUAUGCACCAUCUAGUGGUAGUUUUAUGAACUUCAGGUUGAGAGCAAGUCAAUGUUGUGGAUCACUGCACUCAGGCCACGUGCAUCCAAAAAUUGUUCUGAAUGCGCUGUCUCUUAUUGGUGUAUGCAUGUAUGUUGUCAUUGGAAAUUUGCUUUAAAGGGGCAAUCAGCAGUUUAAACUAUAACAAUGUGGCGCAGCGGUCUAAGGCACUGCAUCUCAGUGCUAGAGGUGUCACUACAGACACCCUGGUUCGAAUCCAGACUGUAUCUCAACCGGCCGUGAUUGGGAGUCCCAUAGGGCAGUGCACAAUUGGCCCAGCGCCUUCCGGGUUUGGCCAUGUAGGCUGUCAUUGUAAAUAAGAAUUUGUUCUUAACUGACUUGCCUAGUUAAAUAAAAUGAGUACUCCCCGCCCCUGUUUUGGUAAAAAGCUGAGGGAGAAAUAUAGCCACUCAAAUUCAUAGACGCAAGGACUGACCAUCCAUGAUAUCAAAGUGAUAGUCUUAACCAUUUUGAGGCUGUUUGUUUACAUUUACUUUGUUUACAAACAGAAAAUGUAAGCUUUUUCUCGGUUCUGAUGGUGAACGUCAGUUGAACUAAGCUCAUCAGGCAUUUCAAAGUUAUAUUCUUCAAGAAUCAAUGGGUACAUAUCAUUCAUUUAUAAGUCCAAAGAUUGAUGUAACAACUGCAUAUUGACCCUUUUUAAUAAGUGAUCUAAUUCCAUCCAAAGCUGUUUACCAGGUCCCUUCACCUGUCAAUCAAAUCAAUUUGUUUGCAUUACAUGAACUGAAUGUGAACCGGAAACAUUUCCAUGGAUGUAUGACUGCCAUUUGAAUGUGUUUCACUUUUUAUAGUUCUCAGUGGUCAGGUAUACAUUUGAAAUGUUUAUAAUUUAGCAGAUGCUGUUUCAGAGUGACUGAAAUUAGCAAUUAGGGUUAAGUGCCUUGCUCAAGGGCACAUCAACAGAUUUUUCACCUAUAAAGCGCACAAACCCAAUUUUACAUUUGGGAAUUAUUCUGGCCAGGUUAUGGCAGAAACAAUGUGGACUGUGGUCGACCCGUCUCACUUGCUUUAUCAAUGUCACCCUUGGUGAUAUCACUUUAUCUUCGACUGCUGUUGGGUCACUUUCUGCAGUCAUUUUUACUCUACAUUACUGCAUAACUAUGGAUUCCAAAGUACUGGUGACAUUUUAACAAAUUAACUCAUUAACUUCAAUCUGUCUGUCUACUGUCCUAAUUCACAGGAUGUGUACAGGUAUGUGUAAAAAUCAAAGGUUUAACUUCAUAAUGAGCGACUAGGUCCGUCACUAUACAUUACAGAACAGGCUUUUCUGUUUCAAUCUUUAGUAGGAAUAUUAUAUUUGGGUGUCUGUACUUGCUGAAUAAAGUCUCUCUCACAAGGGAAA